GCGGCCGCGGGCUCUGGCGCCGGGCAGACGGCCCGCGCCCCGCAGCGCUGCGGCCGCGCCAGCGGGUGCGCGAUGGCCGCGCAGGGGAGCAGCGCGCUGCCGCCGCUGCUGUGGCUGUUGGCGGCGGCGCUGUGCGGGGCGGCCGGCGGCGCCCCCAGCUGCCACGAGGUGCGGACGGCGUUCCAGCUGCGGCAGAUCGGGCCCCUCAAGCUCGUCCCCGACGUGCCCACGGCCGAGUCAGAUUUACAGAUCUGCCAACAUAGAGCACCAACGUGUUGCACCAAAAAAAUGGAAGAAAGCUACCAGGCAGCUGUUCGAAGGGAGAGGACUCAAAGUAUCCAAGCACUGAACUUUGAACUGAAGUACAUGAUUGUUGGUCAUAUCACAGCUUUUCAAGAGGCCUUUGAGUCUUUGCUUCGCUCUGGUGAAAACCACACGAGUUCCCUGUUGAAGACAGCUUACAGACCUAUGGCAAAAGAAGCAGCGGCGCCUGUUAAAGAACUUUUUACAGACAUUUCUCUGUAUAUUCUGGGCGCAGAGACUACAGUGGAAAGUGCAGUAUUACGGUUCUUUGACAGUCUCUUUCCUCUGGUGUAUAGUCGGCUAAUAAACCCAGGAAUUACCGAUUUAUCAGAGGACUAUACAGAAUGUCUACGGCUUACGAGGCAAGAUGUAAAUCCUUUUGGACGCUAUUCUAAAAACAUGGUUACAGAGCUGUCAAAAUAUCUUUGGGCAAGUAGGAUGCUCAGCCAGGCCCUCAGUCUGGGCAUUGAAGUGAUAAAUACUACUGAACAUGCAGCUCUCACAAAGGAAUGUAGCAAGGCUCUAGUGAAGAUGCAGUACUGCCCACAUUGCCAGGGCCUGACGCUAAUCAGACCCUGUGUCGGGUAUUGUCUAAAUGUAAUGAGGGGCUGUUUAGCCAGUGUGUCAGAACUGGAUGCACAUUGGAGGGAGUACAUCUCCACACUGGAAUAUCUGACUAACGAAAAGGCUGCUUCACAUGAUCUGGAAAUUGCAGUGAUGGGAAUUUGGAACUCCAUCAAUGAAGCUAUCCUGCAUGCACAGUUGAAUGGACCACAACUCUCUGCUACGGUUGAUAAAGUGUGUGGACAGCCCAGACAACAAGAAGGGGACCUGUCAUCAGACAAUAUAGUGCCAGUGAAGGAAGUGACUGAAGCCCAGACAUUCAUGAUGGCUCACACUAGUCUGAACAAUAAAAGAAGUUCUCUGCCUCUGAAAGCUUCAAAGAAUGACAAAUCAAGAAGCUUGAAAAAAAUCUCUCGAGAGUUCAUCAAUUACAUGAAACGAUCCCGAACCUUUUAUGCCUCUAUAGCAGAAAGGCUAUGUGAUGGAGACCUGGUGAUGAGAGACAGCUCAACCUGCUGGAAUGGAGAGGAUGUUGUAGAAAGUUACACCAGCAGAGUAGUUUCCAAUGGACUGAAGGCACAAAUUAAUAAUCCGGAACUGAAAGUCAGAGGAUUGGACCCACUCAUCAGCAAUUUAAUUGAUAAACUUCAGCACUUCAAUCAACUGGAUGCUGAGAAGGCAAAAUCAAAACUGGGAAGAUGGGCUUCCCAAGAUCUUGGCAGUGGGGGUGGAAGAAGUGAAGACGUGGAGUCAAGCGGGGAUUGUGAUGAUGAGGAUGGCUGUCAAGGAUCCGGUGACAGGAUUCACACAGCAGAUAUACUCAAGGACAAGAAAACCCACCCAGAAAACAGAAAUGAACUAAAACCAACUGCGAAAAAGAUUGACACCACAACCACCACCAGCACUGUCAAGUCAUCCUCUAAACACAGUGUAACUGGAAAUGGGAACAGCCCAUCCCCGAGUGACUCCCUUCUUAUUUUAACAGCACUAACAGUUCUGUGGCAUUCUUCACUGUAGCUGCACUGCCUUGCAGCUGCUACACGAGCAUUUCUGUCAUUUAUACCUACAGCCUUACCCAAAAGAAAACAAAUUUAAAUGGUUCUCUAGUUUGUGAUAUGUUAGGAUAAAUAUUAACUGAUAUGCUUGAGUUGGCACAUACCAAGUGUGGUCACUUACAGAGUCUGAAGCUUGUCUUUGACAAAGUCCACCCAAGAUGCAGAGGGAAUGAUAACAAGGGUCUGAGUACUUAAAGUUAUGGGGUAGAAAUAAUUGAAAACACAGAAAUUGUAUACGUGUGUGUUGUUUUUCUCAAUUUCAUUCACUAGUAUCUGACUGAGUGGUUUUGUUUGUUUAAUUUUUCUGAUAAAUUAUAUGAAUGGUCAGUCUUCAAAUUCAAGCCCAUGCAUAUUUUAUUUUUCUAGUGAACAGCUAGCUAUGUCUACUGUUGUAAACCAUGUUAAAGUGAAGUACUCUCUACCAGACUGAUGAAAUUCCUCAGUGGUCAAGAAGAUCAAAGCAUGUGUGAGAGUUCUUUUCACUCCUACUGUUUAGAUUGUAGGAAGCAAUAUAAAAGCAUAUGGUGUGUUAUAAUAUAUCGGUGUAGUUAUCUUAACUAUGGAAAAAAUUAGAAACACUUUGUUUACUGAGGGAUAUAGGUAUUGAGUUUCCCUGCAGUACAAAAUGCCAUUACCAGAUGCAUAUGCUCAAGGCUUAUUAUAUGAAUGUCCAGCAAUGGGAAACAUAAACAAGCAUAACAAUGUUUUAUCUAAUUGAAUGCAACUCUGUACAGAGAAAAAAGAUAGCUCCAUUCAGACUUACUUUGCCUAUAUGAUGUUAAAGAGAAAACUACUUCUUUUCCAUAAAGGUCCCAGAGAUAUAAAUUAUUGGGAACUCCCAUUAGACACUAACUAGAUUUUGUGCAUUGUGGAUUUCUGAAAUCAACUCUGUUUCAUAAAUUGUGUAUUAUUCAAUUGCAUUUAAUGUUUAAAAUUUUGUAUCAUCGUAGGUGUAAAUUUGAAGCAAUCUGAAAUCUAGAACAUUCUCUGUUAUGCAUCAUCUUGAUAGCUACCCUGGAAAAUGUCAAAAUGUGUAUUAUGUUACGAGGCUAUUUUGGUUUUAAUGCAUUUCAACUUUUCAGAUGGAAAAAUAUUAGAAUAACUUCUAAUGGGUUAAGAGUUAAUGUGCAUUUUACAACUGUUUACAGUGCCAUUGAAUAUAUAUAUGUACAAACACAACUGUAUGAAUGCAGUGAUUAAUAUGACAAGUAUAUGAAACAUUAGAAUUGUUAUAUUUACUACAUUUCAUAACUAUUACAACAGUUUAAUAGCCAUUUUCACAUUGUAGAGUAUUAUUAUGUACAGUUUUAUAAGUUUUAAUGUAAAACACUUGCCUUUGUUUUUUAGUGAAACAUCUUUUUGAUACUUACAGUUACGCAGCCACUGACAGACCUCAAAAAUAGAACCCUGUAUCUUACUAAUCAGCUUCAGGCGUUUCAUCAGCAACUUUGAUUGAAGAAAACAGCCCGAUUUAAAGAAGGCACUAUGUGCCAGUAUUGCUACUGGUUGUCAUUAUGUAGCAAGUGGCAAUAAUACAGAGCAAGCAUACAGUAAGUGAAUGGAGACUCACUAGUAUGUUUUCAGAUACGUUUGCAGAACUGGGGCUUAAGUUUUGUAUUUAAUUUGUGUGCUUAGAUAAUGUUUGCAGACAUAAAGGUAUAGUCAGAACCAUCAACACACUCAGCUGUAAAGGAGGUUUCUCUAAAGCAGUGGCAGAUAAGUUUUCUAAAGGAUAGUUCGAUUUUCAUGUUGACAUGAGAAGAUAAAAUGGAAGAGGUACUAACGUGAAAUAUUUUAUAUUUGAAUUCUGUUUUUUUCAAAAUGGUAAGGAUAUUAAUAACAUUAUGCAGUACUUUCCAAUUAUAUCAGUGAAAGUCAGUUCUCUGAAAAAUACAAAAGUGGCUGUCCUGUGUUUUCCGGAGUUUGUGAGCUGCACUGCUCUGUUGGAUCAUAAUUGCAAAUGCUGCUUCUUGUAUUUGUUUUCACUGCCCUAUGGAAAAAUGCACUUUUACCUGAGAUGUGCAAGUCAUGUCGUUUGUACGGUGAAAGGACACUGUAACUCCUUGCAGUCUUAAAAGAUCCACUCUGACGGCUGCUGUUAGACAAAUUGGUUUGUGUGCACACAGAGAAAUGUACAUCGGGGUUAACGCUUCCCACCAGCUCCAGGUAAUACCAGUCACUAUGGCUUCACUGAAGCAAUUCAUUUCUGUUGCUUGUGAAACUGACUCUGAUUUAGUAGUCUCACAUUUAAGAUGCUCAGUCAUCAUUCAGCAAAUGCAUCCGUGUUUGCCCACUUAAGUUUGCUCUGGGAUUCCUAAGGAUAGAGCGAGGUUUUCAGCACUGGGGUCUCACGCUACCAGAUUUCAGCUGUGCAGCUUGGAGUUUUCAGUUCUUCUCACUUGCAGAGAGGGAAAUUGAAUACCCAGACUGGUGUGUCUUUUUGAGGUCUUUCCUGUAAAAGGCUUUGUGUUUUUAGCUUGGAACCAGCUAGCCUAGUAUUCAGCUGUAGCAGAGGAGGCUGCAGAAGCCCUACAUUAGGCGUGUAUUGAAUAACUCACCCAGGGGACUUCUUCUUGCUGUUAAAUGUCAUAAUCUUGCUAAACAAAAACCUCUGAAAAAAUCAAGUGUUUGAAUUCUGGGUUUGUUCAGCAAAUAUUUGUAUGAUGUAGCAUUCAUGUCUCAAGCUAAAUAGGAAAACCCUUCUGAAGUUCCUGUAACAAAACUAGAACAAGUUCAGACUGUGGAGCGAGGUAAAUCCAACUCAUUUUGUUGGAUUCAGCCCAUAUUUUAAUAGACACAAAUAGUUACGGAACAAGGGAAGAGACUGCAGAGGACUCCACACCAACUAAUAGAUUUCACAGUCAUGUACUUCUACACCGUAAGAAGAGUACUGGUCAAAAGAGCACAAAAUAUAUUCAUACCGUGCAUCAGAAAUGGUGCCGCUUUAAAGGGAAAUGCAGUAGAUUUUUACUGAUGGUUUAUGAUUUUUUUCCUCUCAGGAUCAGUUGCAUUUACAUAUUAAAAAAACAUUAUUUUUCAUCAAACAGCAAAUGUAUAACAUCAAUGGCAAAACAAACCGACUGUGUCAGGUAAAGGAAGUAUUUCUUUUCAGGUGAAUAAGAUACCUGUUUUACAAAAUCUUAUUAUCCAGGACACUGUAAUUACGAGGUAAUUACGAAGGUCUAAGGUCAAAAUAUGUUUGAACUCAUCUAUAUAAUCUCAGUGUAAAAUAAGGCACCAGUCCAAGGACUGGUGUAGCUUUGCCUAACAACUUUGAAUUGUAUUUACCCACUGCUUUUUGAAUGCUUAUUGUUUUGCUAUGACUUUGUUAUAAUAUUUUGCUGUGCCAGCAUUUGUGAAUGCCAGCAUUGGAAAGUGACUCCUGUCAUACAUUUGUGAGUAAAACCAGUCUAUAAUUUUCUCUUGAUAGUGAUGCAGGCUUCUUGCCAGAUAAGAAAAAAUUGCCGUGGACAUACAGUCAGUUCUUAGUGUUUCACUGCCAUGUGGACUCCAGGUUACACGAGGUUUUUGUGUCUCUAAUCCCCUUCCUGGCUAUGAAAGCGUCAGGGAGAAGAGUGAGCAAGAGUGGACAAAAGCAUGUGUGGCUGCAGCGUGCCAGUGCAUGGCAACCUCCAGCUGCCUCUGUUGAGGCCCUGAGCUCAAUGCUCUCAGCUAAUUUUCGUGCAGCUUUUACACCUCUCCAAAUCAUCGCAUGGAGACAUGCCGGGCAAAGAGCAGCAGAGGAUCUAGAGACUGCAUUUUCAGGCAACUUCACAGAGACCUGCUGUGAAUUGCACUUCCUUUGCAAUUUACAUGCUCUAUAGAAUCUGCCCUCUCAUUUUCAACCUUGCACUGUUUUCCUGGCUCGCCUGUUGCCAGUGCUAUACCCAAUCUUCUAGUGUGCCAGGUACUUUGUAAUUGCAUAAGGAAUUGUGAUCCUGGUCUCUCACUCAGUAAUAAGCUUUUUUGAGGUACAAAUAUCUGUCAGAGCUUGAUAAAGGCCACACAAAUAAUAAUGUCCAGUUGCAUUGAUUUCAUAGGCUCUGUGUAUGGGUAUCUGGCUAUGUGAUUCGCAUCUCUUUGAUCUCUUAAACCAGAUCUAUAUUUAAUAGAUCCCUGUUUCCUUUCAUUACUAACACUGCAGCACGUAUUAUAAUUUUAAAUUUGACUCUCUAAUCCUGUAUGGGUCUUUGCAAUAUUGUCGUAAUCGAUGUUGUGUGCAGACUCCAUUUCAAUGUUAGAUGAGCCUUUUUGUCUAGAUUUACCGAGCCAUUAUUAUUCAGUACUGCACAUGAUCAGGUUUAAGCAAGAUCUGUUCAAGUGAAAGGAGCUGAAACACAGAUUACAGUGCGAUACUGAUUAGGACAAAAUUCCAGAAAGUUCCUAUGUUCCUGAAGCGAACUCUUCACAUUAAACAGAUUUUAAGGUUUACCUGAAAUUACAGGCAAAAGUUCAUAACUGGCAUAGUGUCAAGGGGAUUUCAGCCUUGUAUUGAAAAGGAGUCUACCCACUUUUUAAUUUGGAAUUAAUUGAUAUACACACUUAGUUGAUGUCUCUGUACAUGGGUAAAUUUAGGUCCGUAGAAGCAGGACAUCUUCCUUAAAAAGUGUCCUGCACACACGGGAGCUUUGGGCAUCACAGCAUCAUAAGUGCUUAACGUUACAACUAGCCAAAGCAUAAGACAUUUAUUUUCAUUUACAGCAUUUCACUCCUUGCAGUUCUUCUUGUAAUGGCACGUGGCAUGUGUGUUAAUGAAAAGUGAAACCUCUUACAGUCAAUGUCAUUGUAGUUGCGACAUGCGUUAAUCGAAAAGAACAUGAUAGUGUUCUUCCCAUUGCCUCACAAUUAUUCCUAGUACUGAAUUGUCCUCCUGUUCCUGCUGUCAUUCACUAACUGGCUACAUUGGAAUUGUUUUAAAUAUUAAGCCACCAAAAAUAAAUACUGGCCAAGAGACUAUGAUAAAUAGACAGAUAAAGAGACCGUGAUAAAUAGGGAGAUAAUAAACUCAGAAAAGUAUCCUGCAUUUAAAAUAGAGUAGGUACUCUACUUAAAAUACUCCUAGGUAAGAAAUCCCUAGUGUACUAAAACAAUUUUUCACGUCCCUCUCUGGAUUCAUCACCAUUCCCUUCCAGCCGCAUACAGCACGAUAGGAAGUCUGCCUGCAGGUGGCUGCUGCACUGAAUUUGGGAAAGUGAAUUAAAACUUUUGAUGUGUUGCAAUAUUUCUGCGUAUCUUGUUUAAAGUGGGCCUCCUUUUGCUGGUUAUGAGGACCGCAUUCAAACACCAUGUGGGAUUGCUUAAGUUCUUAUUCCAUAAAUAGCCACAAUUGAUGGAGCUUUCAGAAAACACUGCUAGACGCAGGCCGUGAAGCGGUAUUUUUGUGUUGCUCCCACGUUAUUGACAUCAGAGCCAGUCCUUAAAAUAGACUGGUUUAGACAUCCUGGUUAUUAUCAACACUGCACUGAUUUUCCCCUUAAGAAAAUCACGUAGCACCCUUUUGAGAGAAGGGCACAUAAAAAGAGGCCACUGAUUCUUUCACAGAAUACACAAAGUACUUCAUUGAAUAGCACUAAGAACUAAAGAUUGGAGUUUUUUCCUUUCUGUGCAAAGAAUUAACACUCCCUUGCAAAAUUAUGCGGUUUUUGCCUGAUCGUUUCAAUUAAUCUUUUGUAAAUUACUCAGUACUUUGUAAUUAUAAUAUUUGCAGCUAAUUUAGUGCUAUACUAAAAAUCAUUGGUUGUAUAAUAUAAGCAAUUAACAUUUAUUUAGAGUUUUUUCUAUUGCAGGGAGAUAUAUAAAUUAUACUCAGUGGCCUUUCUGUACACCUAAUUAGCACCUGUUUGAAUUAUUCUGCAGGCUAUGGACAUUUCAUUUGAAAAAUAAAUGCACUGCUAGUUUUAUGAACUCCUUGCAAAUACACAGUUGUAAAAAUUACUUUUCACGGGAGUAUGGAAAUAUGUUGUCAUGUGUCUUCUGAGUUUGUGAGCAAGGUUGGGCUUUUGGGCUAUUACACCUAGAAUAGCCACUGGCAUUUUAAGUGCAGUUAAAAUGGAAAUAUUCAGAUACCUCUUUCCCAUAAUUAAUUCAAUACCCCAAAUUUGUAACCUGGUUCAUUCAGUACUGAAAACAGAAAGCGAUAAGACAUCAGGAAUAUAGAUCCUAGUGUAAUGUUCACGUCUCCUUGUAUGCAUAUAGAGUUCAGAAGCUUUACUAAUCAGAGACUAUCAAAAGCAUUGCCAUGCUUUAUGUUGAGGAUACUACAUUAAGGUUGUGGAGAAUAAACCAGAUUGAUUCAAUCUCGUAAGUGAGAUUCUAGACAAAAAGAAAUUUUCUAUUUAAAUGCACAGUAUAUUGAGGAAGAUCAGUUGAUCUUCCUAAAGAGGAGAUCUGAAAAUAACUUUCUAACAAGAAUGCCAAUAUCAAAUAUUUACAACCUCCACACACAGAAAACUAGGAUAUAAAAAUAAAAAAUUGCAGCACACCCUUAGCUCCUAUAAAUCAGUAAAGCGCCUUUGAUUUCAGUUUAACUACAUCAUUUUACCUUGGCAUAGUAUCUAGCCCAAGAAUGUGAAUUCCUUCCCAUCUUUUUGCAGGCACAGAAAAUCAGGAGUCACUGCAGUGACUACAAAAUUUACAUAACAGUUUUACAUUGCCUGGGCCACUGAUCGGAUAGUAUCUUCACUCCUGAAAAGAAAAUCUGUAACACAUAAACUUUCUGGCAUUUUCCCUUUCCAGGGGCACGAGAGGGGCCUUUUCCAGAAGCAGCUGGUGUGAUCUGGGGCUACAGGAGAUAUUCAGACUGUGAGGAUCUCCUAGGGUAGAAGAUCUAUCUCAGAGGUUUGCUGAUCCAGAUCAGGCCCUAAGGCAGAUCAAGUUGGGAGUUUUCUGUUUCAUGUUAAAAUGCAGGAUUGAGGUCUUAAACUCGCCUCAGCAACUAAUGGAGACUCAGUGGAGAGAACCGAUAGUAGCUUUGGUGGUUUUGGAGAAGCUCAAGCAGCAGAGAAGGCAAGCAGCCACGUACAUCAGCUGGGGUUUGUGUAUCUUUGCAUUCCAUCUCAGUUAAAAUUACCUGUGAGUUUCCAGAUUAACGGUGACAAAUUUGUGUGUUAUGUAGCCUGAUGUUAUUCUGUGGAGAAGAAAUUACAUUUCUUCCUAAGUAGAAACAAAAAGAAAGCUGCCUUUUUUUUUACUUAAACACCCAACUUGGAAGAACACCAAGUGGGAUGUUGAGCUUCACAAAGAAGUAGAUUCCCUUGAAUGGGUUGUUCUUGGUGCAUGUCGUAGUAACAGUGUCAGAGUCUGCUUGUCAGGAAAGAAGAGCCCUUUGGUGGCUCUUUUGGGGGGCUUGAGAAAAGCUGCUGUUUAUGGUUCAAAGAUGACAAAUCAUUUGUAGGCAAAACAUGAAGCAGUGAAGAAAGCAGUAAGGCGUUUGGUUGCGGUCUCAUUGAGAAAUAAGAAAACUAAUUUAACUGAAAUAUUUGGGCUUUUGCAUUAGGUGUGAACAAUGGAAUUGAAACCUAAUCCCAAAACACUGCAGUGGCAUAUGGGAACAGGCUGAUAUAGCAGCAAUAUAAAAUAUUAUUGUAGCCCACUGGUUAUAUGGGGCAGUGUUAGAAAAGAAAGGGAAACCAGUACACCCAACCUCUCGAACCACUUCCUGUAUUUUGAUAUCAGAACUAAUACAGUAUCAAUGUUUACAGUACACUGGGGUAGAAAUUCUAGUAAGAUAUCUGCUUUGUCAUUUAGCUUUUUAAAUAAUUAGUUUAUGGCCUCCUAGUCUUUUUUAGUUCCUUUUAUUUUACAGGAAUUAAUAGUCCGCUUACAUUUGUAUUUCGCAUUAGUUGCAUCAUGGGUAUUUUAAGUUCCAAAAUAGAUUUGGUUUGCCCUAAGCUGUGUGCAAGCUCUCAUUAUUAUUUCUAUUUCCCAAGCACAUGUUUUAUUUGCAGUAUAUCUGCUUAUAUUUUUAUUGAAUAAAUAUGUCGAUUUUCUUGAGUUUGUUUCAGCAUUGAAUAUGGUAAACAUAAUUUGAAAAAGCAGUCUAAAAGCAAUGUCUUAAAAGAAGAACAAGGCUACUUUGAAAAGUUAAAGUGUGUUUUGUAAAGAAUAGUGAACUGUGAAUGGGAAUAAAAAUAAAUAAUUCUCAGCAGGAAACUUGUCGUCUAUUUGAU